GCAGCCAAAAACUAGCCACCCCUUUCCUCAAAAGCCUUCCAGACAGCAAGAGAGGGGAGCUUCAGUCGCCUCCGAGAUGUUCAAAGGGGUGGGCAAAGGCUCGCCGAGCAGAAGCUCCCCAAACAGAGGAUCCCCAGUCAAGCAAGCCAAGUCCUUGGGUAGCAAUGACUUGGCUGUACUCAUCUCUCGCAUGCAAAAAAAUGCUGACCAAGUGGAAAAGGACAUUCUUGAAACACAGAACAAACUUAAGCAGGAUGCCAGUAACCACCGGCAAAAUAAACCUUUUGAGUUCCAGCAGGAGAAUGCCAAAAACCUGAAAGAGGCUGAGACCCUCCUGAAAGAUCUUUUCCUAGAUGUGGACAAAGUCAAGCGUCUGAAGCACCCUCAGGCCUUGGAAAUUGAAAAAGACAUUAAGCAACUUCAUGGGCGAGUGACACACCAAUGUGCUGAAUAUCGAGAUCUGUAUGAAAAGUUUACACUUCCUGAAGCUGGAUCCAAAGUAGACUGGGCAAAAAUUCUGGAACAAAAACAGAAACAAGUCAAUGCAGGGAAAUAUGGACCUACUUUGCCAGAGUUGGAGAAACAGAUAGCAGAGCACAACAUUCUCCAGAAGGAGAUAGAAGCAUAUGGCCUUCAAAUCAAGAACAUCCGUGGUCCGGAAGCAGCUGAUUUAAAGAGUCAAUACAAGGAGUUGCUGAAAGCCUCUAUCUGGCGAGGCCAGAGCUUAGGCAGCCUCUAUACACACCUACAAGGCUGCACCAAGGAGCUGGGUUACCUUACUGAGCAGCAAAAUAAGAUCUUGAAGCAGGACUGGAGUGACCAGAUGAUUGAUCCUCAGUUGGUGCGGCGUGAGUAUGACGAUUUCAAGAAUAAUGAGCUCCUUAACCAGGAAGAAUAUGUGAAUACACUCCAGGAUGAUGGGGAAAGAAUGAUUGAAUUGAAGCACCCAGCUGUGAGCCCAAUCCAGGCUCAUCAGGAAGCCCUGAAGAGCGAAUGGCAGAACUUUCUCAACUUGUGCAUCUGCCAAGAGAACCAUCUGAAAAAUAUAGAGAACUAUAGAAAGUUCUAUGAUGAUGCUGAUGCUGUGAGCCAGUCACUAAACAAGCUGAACAGUGACCUUGAUACAAAAUAUAGACAGUUCAAUAAAGACAGUCCAGGUUUGAUGUCUGACUUAAUCCUACAGCUGGAGAAUGAUGAGAAGGCUGUGAAACAUGCAGAGAAGAGCAUUGCUGAACUGAAAAGGAGGAGUAAGGAGAUCAGUCCCUUGAAACUGCGUAGAGUCCGCCCCUCCCAGCCAGUUAUGCUGGAUACCAUUUGUGACUGGGAUUUGGGUGAUGUGCAGCUUGAGAGGGGUGAAAAAUAUACUUUGAAUGAGAACAGCAGCCAGGAAAACUGGGUGGUACAGAAUACCCACAGAGAGAGUAAGGUAGCACCUGCUGUUUGUUUCUCCAUCCCGCCUCCAGACCUAGAAGCCAUAGACAGAGUGAAUAGGUUGGAAGGUGAGCUGAACAUGGUAAAACAGAAGAGAGCUACAGCCCAGAACACAUUAAGGAGCAACCAGAAGGGACCUGUUAGAGCAAGUAAUCAGGCUCCCAUCAGAACCUCCACUGUGGUCCAGGAUGACUCCCAAGCUGACCAGUUGCUUCAUAAGCUGGAGAAAAUUGAUGGCGGCCUGGGCCAGGUCAAGAAGGAGACUUAUAGCCGCCUGAGGACUCCACUGAACCACAGUGACCCUAUAGAGGACCUUACUAAACGGAUCAGAGACCAGGAAGCAACGACAAGAAGACUUCAAGGCAUCGGAGCAGAGAAAGAGACUGCUCAGAAGGAGUGUGAGGCCUAUCUUUCAAAGAAGACUGCCAGCACCACCGCCUCUCAGCUCCCUGUGAUGCUCAACAACAUCAAGAACAAAUACAGUGAUGUUAAGGUGCUCUCGGGACUCUAUGAGGAAAAAGCCAAAGCAGGCCUGAACCUGGAGAAUCAGAUAGAGAACACGGACAAAAUCAUCAGCAACUUUGAAGCCAAAUUAUCUCAUGAUGGCACCAUCCCAGCCUCACCCAAUGCACUGAAGGAUCGUGCCAAUGAACUUCAGAAACUGAAGCGAGAUUUAAUAAAGCAGGAGGACUGUUUGCUAAAGCUAAACCGAAGUCUCAAGGAUGCAGAACAUUGCUGCAGUGCGGUGCAGAACAAUUUCCAGGAGUACUGCCCAGAUCUGCCCAGGCAGAAAAAGGAGGUCCAGCUGCUUAAUGACCGAUAUCAUGCUGUUGCUGACCAACUGGAUCACAGAGAAGAAGACACUCCGAACACCAGCCUCACCUACCACAGUUCCAAAUGCAAAUGAGAAUCUGAUGUUCUGGCUCAACAAUCUCCUAAGUACCAAGUUAAGACCACAGAUGGCCCCAGUCAGAUCAACUACAAGCUCCAGGCGCAGAAGAGACUGGCAGACGAAGUCCAGAGUAAAGAGUCUGACAAGAAUUCUGUUGUCAACUUGUCCAAGAAUGUGCAGUCUGUCCUCAAUGAUUAUGAACUUCAGGCAGGAAAAUAUCGGUCUUCUCUGGAUCCCUCUUUGACUGCUUCCUCUGCCAAACGCCUUCGUGUGACCCCACUUCAAGACAGCAUCCAGGCUGAGGAAAACAAUGUGACAAAGCUCUAUACAGAGACAGCUGCUGAAAACAAAGAGCAGCUCAGCCGGCUGGAAUUUGCAAAGAAAGUUUUGGAUAAGGUAUUUGUCGGAGAGGCAGUACAGGUGACAUAUGAGCAGACUCAACAGUCUCAGAAAAUGGGCAGAUUGGAGAGAGAACCGGAAGCCCUGAAAUCUCAGCUGGAAGAGGAACGGAGCAAGAAGGCCAGGGUUCAGGAGGAACUGGAAGAACAGAGACACAACCUGAUGCUAAAGACUCAGCGGCCGAUUGAAAGUAGGGAGAAAGAAGUGAUUGAGUACUACAGAGAUCCAACUCUUGAGAGUGAUCUCUCUAAAAUAUCUCGUCAAAGAGAAUGAAAAGAAUAAAAGAAAGACCUACUGGCAGAUAUGAGAUAAUGACAGCAAGACCUCCAAAUGGAGAAAACAGGAAGCCUUGAAAUGUCAGCUCUUAAAGAAGUUACUAAAAUAGAGAAAGAUCCAAACCUAGAGCCCAAGCAGCCAGACUCCAAGAAGAACAGGCACCUCCAAGAGAAUUCAAAUUCCAUCUCCGAACUGAACGCUCAGAAAGAGCUUCACUUGCUAGAGCAGAGGACCAACAAUCCGAAGAAAUUGGUGGUAAAGGUGGUCAAGCUGGAGAAGGACCCAGAGAUGCUCAAAGCCAUCAGGACACUGCAGAUGCAAAUUGAGAAGACAUUUUCAAAGGAAAUCAGUUGUGGAUACAAUAGGGAAGUGAAAAGCAGAAUUGAAGAUCUUGAAAAGCUAAUUGAAACAGCGGAGCCGAAGGUCAUUGUGAAAGAGGUCAAACAGGUGGAGCAAGACCCAGAGCUUUUAAAGGAGUCUUCCAAGCUUCAAACUCUUAUUAAUGAGGAGAGGAACAAAAAUGAAUUGUUAGCAAGUGAGCUGACAAAACUGCAGAGCACAUACAGUGCUCUAGAGAAGCAAAAGCCUAAAGUGGAAGUUAAGGAAAGAGUCAAUGAGAUAUUUUGUGUUGACCCAGAAACUGAAGAGGAGAUUGCACGUUUGAAGAGAGAACUCCAAGAAGCUACAAGAAAAAGGACAAUGAUUGGCCAGGAAGUGGAAACAGCCUUAAAUGAGUUGAAAGUUCUUAAGUCACAGCCACCUACAGUGGAGUUUCAAGAGAUCAUCCAAGAGGUGGUGAAGAUGGAGAAAAGCCCAGAGAUACUAAGAGAAAUAGACAGGUUGAAGCAACAGCUGAAUGACCUUGUGAAUAUGAAUGGCAGGUCCCAAGAACAGCUGAUUAGGCUUCAGGGAGAAAGGGAUGAGUGGAAGAGAGAAAGAUCCAAAGUCGAAACCAAGCUGGUUACCAAGGAGGUUGUCCGAUAUGAGAAAGACCCUCUAUUAGAAAGAGAAGCUGAACGGCUCCGCCAAGAAGUACGUAAUGCAUCGCAGAAGAGGAGAGCAACUGAAGAUGCCAUCUAUGACCUCCAGAAUAAGUAUAUGCUUCUAGAGAGGAGGAAGCCUGAGGAAAAAGUGGUGGUCCAGGAGGUCAUUCUUACACAGAGAGACCCAAAGCUCAGAGAUGAGCAUAACAGGCUCAGCAAGAGCUUGGAUGAUGAGGUCAGCAGCCGCCGACGCCUGGAACGUGAGGUUCAACAGCUUCGGGCAGCUGUGGAAGAGAAAGAGAAACUGCUUAAUUUCCAAGAUGACAGAAACAAAAGGCUUGCUUUGGAAAAAGAGAUAAGGCAAAUCACCUUAAGGAUAAAGGAAAUUGAGGAAAGCCCCACCCCAGUUCAAGAAAAUAUCACGGAAGAAGUGGUCAAGCUUGAGAAAGAUCCAGUUCUUGAGCAGUCCAGUAAAUUACGAAUUGAUCUGGAUAAUGAGAAGGCUCAAGUAUUGAGCUUGCAGAGGGAGUGCAAGAACCUCCAAGCCCAAAUUGAUGCUUUGCAAAAAACAAAGUCCCAGGAAAAAACUAUCUACAAAGAAGUCAUUAGAGUGGAAAAGGACAGAGUGCUAGAAAAUGAGCGAGCACGUCUCUGGGAUCUGCUAAGCAGGGAACGAACUGCCCGGCAAAAUGCAGAAGAGGAUAUUAGGCGUCUCAAGGAAAAAAUUGAGAGAGCAGAAGGAAUGAAGAAGACAUGGUCCAGAGAAGAAGCUGAACUUCAGGAAGCUCUGAAUGUGACAAUGCUAGAAAAAGCUAAUUUGGAGGAUGAAUUAAGUGAAUUGGAAAGGCAGCAGCAACAGAAGAUCCUCUUUCUUAGAGAACAGACCAAGCUCCUGAACCAAAGGACAGAGAAUGAUCGACAAAAGAAGAUGCAACUUGUUCAAGAACUUUCUCGCCUUGAAUCGGACAUACUUACAGAGAAGGAUCAGAUUUAUGAAAAGGAGAGGAAUAUCCGGGAACUCCAAUCCAGAGUAAAUAAAGAAGAACUGAACAAUGAAACCCAGAUGAGAGAAACAAAUCUUUCCACCAAGAUCUCUAUUCUGGACCCAGAGACAGGCAAGGAUGUAUCACCCUAUGAGGCCUACAAAAGAGGCAUGAUAGACAGGGAUCAGUAUAUCCAGCUGCAAGAAUUAGAAUGUGACUGGGAGGAAAUCACAACCCUGGGACCUAAGGGAGAUAUUUCUGUUCUCCUUGACAAGAAGAGUGGAAAACAGUACUCCAUUGAUGAUGCUCUGCGGUUCAGAAGGAUUACAAAAGAAGAAUACCAGCUCUAUAAGGAAGGCAGAAUUCCCAUUUCUGAGUUUGCUCUGCUGGUAGCAGGAGAAACCAAGCAGAAUGCAUCCCUCUCUCUUGGCUCAAUCAUCUCCAAGUCUCCAGUUACAUCACCUGCUUUCCAACAAAAGCAGAGCUUCUUCCCUCCUGGCCCACCAAUGACUUUCUGUGAUGAUACUUUCCCCAUUGCUGGAGUGUAG